GACACAGAACAGCGGAGCAGGAGUCUAUCGGGGUUACUGCUGCUGACUGCUGUUGCUUGAACUGAGAAUGUGUGGAAAGAGAGGAAAAACAGAAAGCAGUGUCGAGAGGCAAACGAGGGAUGAAGGCGAAGAAGCUGUGAUCAUAGGGGGAAUGGUGUUGGAUAUUCAUGGAACUCCUUCAGGCCCUGCGAAUCCCAGAACCACAACCCCAGGCAAGGUGGAUUACGUGCUAGGAGGUGUAGCUAGAAAUGUUGCUGAGUGUAUGUCAAAGCUUGGAACCAGGCCUUUCAUGAUUAGUGCUGUGGGAGUUGACAUGGCGGGGAAUUUGUUGUUGGAGCAUUGGAAAUCUAUCAAGUUAUCCACCAGAGGCAUUCGGAGGCAGAAAGAUAUCAGUACUGCUGUCGCGUGCAAUAUAAUUGACAUCAAUGGAGAAGUUGCAGCUGGUGUUGCAAGCGUGGAGUCAAUAGAAAGAUUUCUAACUCCAGAGUGGAUCCUGCAAUUCAAGUACAAUAUAUCUUCUGCUCCAGUAUUGAUGGUUGAUGCAAACCUCAACCCUCUUGCCUUAGAGGCUUCUUGCAGAUUGGCUGCAGAAUCUAAUGUUCCAGUUUGGUUUGAGCCUGUGUCAUUUGCAAAAUCUAGAAGAAUUGCUCCAAUAAGAGAGUAUGUAACUUUUGCUUCCCCUAAUGAAGAUGAGCUCAUAGCAAUGGCAAAUGCUUUGUCCUCAAGGGAGGUAUUUCAUCGAAUAAAAAACGAAGCUGCUGGAAAUAAAUACUCGGUAGAUUAUUUAUUCCAAAUGUUAAAACCAGCAAUCUGUGUCCUUCUGGAGAAGGGCAUCAAAGUAGUUAUUGUGACUCUUGGUCCUGAUGGAGUAUUCUUUUGCACAAAAGGAGAAUCUAGUUUCCUGAAGGCUGGGCUGGGGAAAACCAAACAUCAUAUUCAUGGUUCACAGCUUCAUAAACUUGUGGCAUCAACCUGUCCUUUAAAGUGCUUCCCGGGAAGUUCUCAUUUUUUUGCUGUGCAUCUUCCUUCAUUGCCUGCAUCAGUAGUCAGGCUUACAGGAGCUGGUGAUUGCUUGGUUGGGGGAAUGCUUGCUUCUCUAUGCAAUGGCUUAGAUGCUCUGCAAAGUUUAGCAGUUGGUGUUGCAGCAGCCAAAGCUGCAGUAGAAGCAGAGACCAACGUGCCUUCUGUAUUUGAUUUGGCUUCUAUUGCAGACGAUGCACGAUCUAUAUACUCUGCUGCCAAAAUUGUGUCUUGCCAGUCCAUGCUCUAACUUGAACUGCAGAUUACUCGAACUGGCCAAGUGUUGUAGGUUGAUGGAAACUUUGAAGUCUAAUUUUGAGAACACUGGCAGCAGUUGCAGCAUGAGAAAUAUGUUUUAAAAGCUGAGGAAGAAAGGGGUGGGAGAAGAGAAAACAAGAGUUACUUGAUUCUCGCAACAAAAGCAUUACGAUGACAUUUAUUACCAUACGUAUACAUAAUUUACUUCGAAAAUUAUGUAUCGCGUCUCGUUUUAUGUUCUAAACAUAGUUUUAAUAGUUUCUUUUACCAUAUCAAAUUUCAUAUGAAGAUAUUUAUUUAAAAAA